CGAGCCAGCGCUUCUUCAGACCUCUCCCCACCUCGCCUCAGCGCAGAGAGAAGCAAUGGCGUCCAUCAUCGUGCAGGUCUCCGCGCUCCUCCUCAACCUCAUCGCCUUCGGCCUCGCCGUCGCCGCCGAGCAGCGCAGGAGCAAGGCCACGGUGACGCCCGACCUGGUCAAGGAGUACGACUACUGCGUCUACAACUCCGACAUCGCCACCGGCUACGGCGUCGGCGCGCUACUCCUACUCACCGCCGCGCAGGUCCUCGUCAUGCUCGCCAGCAAAUGCUUCUGCUGCGGACGCGGGCUCAAGCCGGGGGGCUCACGAGCAUGCGCCCUCAUGCUAUUCCUCUUCUCAUGGUUGACCUUCCUCAUCGCAGCGUCAUGCUUGCUAGCAGGAUCAGUCCGUAAUGCGUACCACACCCGGUACAGGGGCAUCUUUGGCGGCAACCCUCUCUCCUGUGAGACGUUGCGCAAGGGUGUCUUCGCCUCGGGUGCAGCCUUCACCUUUUUCACGGCCAUCCUGAGCGAGUUCUACUACAUCAGCUACUCCAGAUCCAGGGAUGCUGCUGGUGGCGCCCCAUAUGGCGGCUCGAGCAUCGGCAUGGGACCUUACAACUAAGGAGCUUGGUGAGGUUUAUGCUAUAUGAUUCAAUCCGUUUCAGGGUUGAUCGGGUAGUCCAUCGUGGAGUGCAGUGUUCUUGUUAACAUUACAGUGGUAGUUACGUGUAAUUGGGUUUACUGCUUUCACUAGGUUAUCGUACGAGGUUAUUUGGUCGGGCUGCAUACUAUUUGGAUUAUUGGAUUGGAUUCUCGACAUGGAAUACGCUCAUUUGGUCA